GUGUCUCCGACAUGGGAGAGACCAAGAGUUCAUCCACUCCUCUGCAUUGCAUAAUCUCCGUCCCUCUUACCUUCCUAGAACUGAUCAUCUGUCUCUUCCUCAAAUGGCAACAUUAACAUUUGCCAGGACUCCCGUUAUUCAUGUCCUUUUCCUAGCACAUCUCCUUCUAUCAGAUUACGGGCUGAUAACGGGAGUAGUGUCACUGGGGAUCAAUUACGGGCAAGUGGGGAACAACUUGCUGCCACCGGAGAAAGUUCUCACUCUCUUGAGCAAUCUUCACGUGACAAAAGCCCGUAUUUACGACACGAACCCUCAAGUCCUCACCACAUUCGCAAACUCUAAUGUUGACCUCAUUGUGACUGUGGAGAACGACAUGUUGGCCCACCUCGUAGACCCACAAGAAGCCCUCCAGUGGGUCAGCACCCGCGUGAAGCCGUACAUACCUGUCACUAAGAUCUCGGGGAUAGCGGUCGGGAAUGAGAUCCUAACGGACAAUGACCAGACCCUGGUGUCCAAUCUCGUGCCCGCUAUGAUCAGCAUUCACAGUGCUCUGGUUCAGUUGGGGUUAGAUUCCGACAUUCACGUGUCGACCCCGAACUCUUUGGCGGUCCUGGCCGAAUCUUACCCGCCCUCUGCAGGCGUCUUCAAGCCCGAGCUCUAUGGGGCAAUGCCCCAAUUCUUGCAGUUCUUGUCGACCACUAAGGCGCCCUUUUGGGUCAAUGCAUACCCGUAUUACGCUUACAAGGACGAUCCAUCGAACGUGUCGCUGGACUAUGUGCUCUUUAAUUCAAAUCCGGGAAUCAUUGAUCCCUAUACAAAGCUCCAAUAUGACAACAUGCUCUACGCUCAGGUGGAUGCGGUCAUAUUUGCGAUUGCAAGGAUGGGUUACGGGGACAUUGAGGUCCGGAUCUCGGAGACGGGAUGGCCCUCCAAAGGGGACGCUAACGAGUACGGGGCGACCAUAGAGAAUGCCAAGAUCUACAACAAGAACCUGAUGAGAAGACAGUUCGGAAAUGAAGGGACGCCGCUGAGGCCAAAUGAGAGGCUUGAGGUGUACGUGUUUGCUCUGUUUAACGAGGACAUGAAGCCGGGGCCCACCUCGGAGAGGAACUAUGGCCUGUUCCUCCCGGACGGGACCAUGGCCUACAAUGUCGUCGGGCCCUCCGGUUCUGCCCCUAUGGGAAUUUGCCGGAUCGGAGAGUUCUGGAGCUUGGUGUACUGGAUGUCCGUGUACUUGCUGAUGUUAAGUUUGUGGUGAGAAGACCGCGAUGUUAUUUAUCGGCUAGAGGAGAAUUCUUGUAAAAUUGGUAGAACAUAAUAUUCUUUUGAUAGAAGAAAUAAUUUCUUCUAAAGUAGUUGUAUUCACAUGCACGGUAGAAGUCUGUUCGUAUCAUCUAGUAAUCACGUAGGCAUUAUCUUGCAUGGGCGCUCCACGUAUGUAUGGCACAUCGCACGGAUCGUGCUUGAGAUAGCUGCACACAUGAUGUUCUAUUGUAUUCAUGUACGAAAGUAGUCCAUGGAUAAGGUUUUUGUUGACAAAAGUACGUUUGAUAGUCCUUUCCUUGUCUUUUUCUACGUGAGAAAUCGGUUGAAUGAAUAGUGGGAUGACACUG